AUAAUCUGUACAGAGGUUUUAUUAUAACCUAUAACCGGCAAGGAAGAUCACAUUGUGCUUGUGCGGACUCUUUGGAGAAUAUUCGAGAAAUAAAAAGCUCGAAUACUUUUGUGUUUUAAAAAAUCAUUCCAAAUAGUUUAACAAAAUGCUUCGUUUGCCUCGCGUUGCUCGUCAAACCAUUGCCCUACACAAAAAUCAUCAAAUAUCAAGAUUUUACGCGAAAGAUGUGAGGUUCGGGGCUGAUGUAAGAGCUCUCAUGCUUCAGGGCGUCGAUAUUCUAGCCGAUGCUGUAGCCGUCACAAUGGGCCCAAAAGGUAGGAAUGUUAUUUUAGAACAGUCCUGGGGUGCACCUAAAAUCACCAAAGACGGAGUCACAGUUGCAAAGGGCGUAGAACUUAAAGACAAAUUCCAGAAUAUUGGAGCUAAGUUGGUUCAAAACGUGGCUAAUAACACAAACGAGGAAGCCGGUGACGGCACCACGACGGCGACAGUUUUAGCGCGUGCUAUCGCAAAGGAGGGUUUCGAGAAAAUUUCGAAAGGCGCUAAUCCCAUAGAGAUUAGACGGGGUGUUAUGAUGGCCGUUGAUGCCGUGAAAGACAAGUUAAAGACUAUGUCUAAGCCGGUAACCACGCCGGAAGAGAUUGCGCAGGUAGCCACAAUCUCCGCCAAUGGGGACACGGCAAUCGGCAAGUUGAUUGCUGAUGCCAUGAACAAAGUAGGCCGCGACGGAGUCAUAACCGUGAAGGAUGGUAAAACGUUGACUGAUGAACUGGAAAUCAUUGAAGGUAUGAAAUUCGAUAGAGGUUAUAUUUCACCAUAUUUCAUUAACUCCUCAAAAGGAGCAAAGGUAGAGUUCCAAGAUGCUUUAAUUUUGUUCUCUGAGAAAAAAAUUAGCAAUGUUCAAACAAUAAUCCCAGCCCUGGAGCUUGCUAACCAACAAAGGAAGCCUCUCAUCAUUGUUGCUGAGGAUGUCGAUGGUGAGGCUCUAUCCACCCUUGUAGUGAACAGGUUGAAGAUUGGUCUGCAAGUCGCAGCGGUUAAAGCUCCAGGUUUUGGUGACAAUCGUAAGGCCACCCUUAGUGACAUGGCCAUUGCUACAGGUGGUGUUGUGUUUGGUGAUGAUGCUAACCUUAUUAAGCUGGAAGAUGUACAGCCUUCAGAUUUAGGUCAAGUUGGUGAGGUUAUUAUCACAAAAGAUGAUACACUGCUCCUAAAAGGUAAGGGUAAGAAGAAUGAUAUUGAGAGUCGAGCAGAGCAAAUUCGUGACCAAAUUCAAGAAACCACAUCAGAAUAUGAGAAAGAAAAACUUCAGGAAAGACUUGCUAGACUGGCAUCUGGAGUUGCUGUUUUAAGAGUUGGUGGCUCAAGUGAGGUGGAGGUCAAUGAGAAGAAGGACCGUGUCAAUGAUGCCUUGAAUGCUACUCGUGCUGCAGUUGAAGAGGGCAUUGUUCCUGGUGGUGGUUCAGCACUUCUUAGAUGCAUUCCGACUCUCACUGACCUUAAAACUGCAAACAGUGACCAAGCAACUGGAGUAGAAAUUAUCAAAAAAGCUCUCAGAAUGCCAUGCAUGACUAUUGCAAGAAAUGCUGGUAUUGAUGGAUCUGUUGUAGUUGCUAAAGUAGAGGACUUAGGCCCUGAGUUUGGUUAUGAUGCCCUGAACAAUGAAUAUGUUAACAUGAUUGAGAAGGGAAUCAUUGACCCAACCAAAGUAGUUAGAACCGCACUCACAGAUGCUAGUGGUGUGGCAUCUCUGCUCACAACUGCUGAAGCUGUGAUCUGUGAAAUUCCACAGGAGAAGGAACCAAACCCAAUGGCGGGUAUGGGAGGCAUGGGUGGAAUGGGAGGUAUGGGGGGGAUGAUGUAAUCCGGUCACAAAGACUCCACAGUGCAUUUACAUAGUGUAAAGAGAACUAUUUAGUUAUGCCACCUGUUAGGAUAAUGCAAUGUAAUGGUGAAUGAUUUAUAUAAUUGUGCAGUGAAUGAGAAUAUUUUUUUUUGUUAUGAAGUCUGAUUGCAUUAGAUGUAGAAAGACAGCUGUCUUAGAUUUAUUUAGUUAUAAUGUUCGCUUGGUUAAAGAAUGGUGUUAUUUUUAAUAAAGAAUGUUUUCAA